GGAGAGGAGGAACCUCUGUGUGCCGCCGCAGGGAGCUACCGACAGCACAGCAACACGACCGCCGGGCGGGCUGCGGUGGUGGAGGUGGUCGCACACCGGUUAUCUGUCGACCAGAGGCGGCUGGCUCUGUCCCGGAGCUCGGUGUCUGAGAGUGAAUGAGGUUGAUGCUGCUGUGCUGCACCUGGAAGGACGAACGCAUGGGAGAGGAGGAAGCUGGAGGAAGUUUGCCCGUCUGUGCGGGAUGCAAACAGAGGAUCUAUGAUGAGCAGUACCUGCAGGCCCUCAACACAGACUGGCACACCGUCUGCUUCAGGUGUUGUCAGUGCAGUGCCUCCCUGUCUCACUGGUAUUAUGAAAAAGAUGGACAGCUCUUCUGUAAGAAAGACUACUGGGCCAAAUUUGGGGAGCUGUGCCAUGGCUGCAACGACCCGAUCACUACUGGCCUAAUCAUGGUCGCAGGAGAACAGAAAUAUCACCCAGAAUGCUUCACCUGUCUAAACUGCAGGGCGUUCAUCGGUGAUGGAGACACAUACGCUCUGGUAGAGAGAUCCAAACUUUACUGCGGUCACUGUUACUACCAGACUAUCGUCACCCCUGUGUCGCUGCCAGACUCUCCAUGUUCACGGAUCCCCCACACCGUCACGCUCGUGUCCAUCCCGGCCACGGCAGAGGGCAACAACGGACGAAGAGGGCGAGGUUUCUCUGUGGCCAUCGACCAGCCGCUCAGCCCGACAAACGGUUACAGUCCUGAACACGGACACACUGUCAGAGUCUCCCAGGUGGACGCAGACUGCAUCAGUCCGGAUGUAAAGAACUCCAUUCAUGUUGGAGACAGGAUCCUUGAGAUCAAUGGGACGCCCAUUCACAAUGUCCCUCUAGAUGAGAUUGAUCUCCUGAUCCAGGAGACUAGCCGGCUGCUGCAGCUCACCAUUGAACAUGACCCUCACAGUCAGGGGCAAGAGGUGGGCUCCUCAUCGGCAGAGGAGCAAGUGGAUGGCCCCCUAUCCACUCCCCUGUCAGAGGGCCCCAGCCCCAUCCUGCCCAUCACACAGCCUCCCAACCCCGACAUCAACAACCUGAAAUCCCGGAUCAUCACGCGGAGCUACAGCAUUGAUAAGUCACCAGGCUCCAGCAAUGCACCAUCCCCCAUCUCCCAGAGGAAAGACAUCAAUCGAUCAGAGUCACUCCGAGUUGUCUCCAAUCGGACGCACCGCAUCUUCCGCCCCUCUGACCUCAUUCAUGGAGAGGUGCUGGGGAAGGGUUGCUUUGGACAGGCCAUCAAGGUGACCCAUAGGGAGACGGGGGAGGUGAUGGUGAUGAAAGAGUUGAUUCGUUUUGAUGAUGAGACUCAAAGGACAUUCCUGAAGGAGGUAAAGGUCAUGCGCUGUCUUGAUCACCCCAAUGUGCUCAAAUUCAUUGGAGUGCUCUACAAGGACAAGAGGCUCAACUUCAUUGCAGAGUACAUCAAGGGAGGCACGCUGAGGGAAAUCAUCAAAAAGAUGGACAACAGCUAUCCCUGGAACCAGCGAGUCAGUUUUGCAAAGGACAUAGCUGCAGGCAUGACAUAUCUGCAUUCCAUGAACAUAAUCCACCGGGACCUCAACUCACACAACUGCCUGGUCAGAGAGGACAACACUGUAGUGGUGGCAGACUUUGGGCUCUCUCGACUCAUGGUGGACGAUAAGCAUGAGGAGAAGUUAUCGCAGGGUAAAAUCUCCGGCUUGAAGAAGCCUGACCGCAGGAAGAGAUACACCGUGGUGGGGAAUCCGUACUGGAUGGCUCCUGAGAUGAUCCACGGGAAGAGCUAUGAUGAGAGAGUUGACAUAUUCUCCUUCGGCAUCAUGCUUUGUGAGAUCAUUGGCAGGGUGAACGCGGACCCAGACUACCUCCCCAGGGCAAUGGACUUUGGACUUAAUGUGUCUGGCUUCCUGGAGCACUACUGUCCCCCAGACUGUCCCCCCGCCUUCUUUCCAAUGGCUGUUGUGUGCUGCGACCUUGAUGCAGACAAACGGCCUGCUUUCUCCAAACUGGACGAGUGGCUGGAGAAUCUAAAGAUGCACUUGGACAUUGGUCUGCCCCUGAUGUCUGAACUGGACCAGCUGCACAAGGCCUUCUGGGAGAACCACAGCAUCAUGCGCCCUGAAAACGGCCUGCACACUCACCCUGAACAUCCAGAGUAGAGUCAAACGUGCUUUGGAGGAGCAGGAAAAUUGGAGUUAACCCCAAAAAGGGCAGCCAUCUCCUGUCUCAGUGGCUGGAGGAGCGGUGUAAAAACACUCCUUCAUGUGUGAAGCAGAUGCUGCGGGCGGGUUGGCUCAGGCUGAACGAGUAGACUCAGGGGGAGAGCGUGGAUCUGAAGAGCCACUUAAUCGAGAUGCACACACUUAUUUAAGUCAAAUCAAGAGAGAUUUACUACAGUAGCUUGGUUCUGCUGGACCUGGAGCUUAAGUGGAACAUGUCAUAUGCAAUCAACUUUCAGAUCAUGACUCGUGUAGAUUUUGACCUUAGAGGUUAUUCCAUUCAUAGAUACUUAUUGUACUUAAUAUAGUGUGCAUAUAAAUGUGGAUUCAGCGAAAACAAAGCUUACAGCAAACCCUCAGCCUCCUCACUUUAGGCCUCUCCAGAGUAUAUUGUGCUGUAUGUGUUUGCAGGUGUUUCUGUGUGAGUUUGGUUUGCUUUUGGUUUGAAUUUCAAAUUUGAUCUUCUGAAAAACACAAAGAAGAGGUAUCUGUUUGUUUAAGAUCCACUUGCUGUCCACUUGUACAAGUCAAACAAACCCUUUCAAGCUUUAAAUAGCUCACUGAAGUGUGCAUGACUGUAAAUAAUGCUGUCAGGUCAGAUCCUGGUUCAUCGUGUUGCUUUGACCCCGUUAGGUCACAAAUUCCUACAUCCACACGUGUCUGUGGCAUCGCCCCCCUCCCUCAUUUAUUAUGUAGCACUGACUUAACAAUGAGGUACACAUCUUUUGCAUACAUUUUGAUGUAUGUCUCCCAAUUUAAAGAGCUCUUAUUCAUGUUGACAUGUCAUCCUACACAGUCAAACACGCACCACUGUAAAUAGCUGGCAACAUUGUAAAUGUUUUAAAUAUUGUAAAUGUAAAGACAUAUUUUAUAUACGUAUGCUACAUUGCCAUAUUUUUAUUGGCUGACCAGUGUAAUUGAAAAUAAUGAGAGUUAAAGUUUGACUGCAAUUAAUAGGGCACAGCCAAACCUUUUUUUUUUCUUGCUCUUUUAACACAUUGUCACCACUGUGACAGGUUUUUGAGCAGUUAGUGUUUGAAAUUAAGAGGAAUCUUAUUACUAGUUAUGGCCCCCCACCCUCAGUUCAAGCUCAUUUGAUGUUGCAUUUUAUUGUUUUCUUUCAUCCACAAAGAGAUUUCAGAGUUUUCACAUACACACAUAAGUUGUGCUGGAGUAAAUUUAAUUGUAAUUUUGGAUUACAGAACCAUAUCUUAACGUUAUGAUAAACUCUGAUUAUAUUUAGUUUGGGAAAUUUGAGAGCAAUUAAUCCAUUGUAGGAGAGAUUCUGAACACUUGAAGGUGUUUUUCAUAUGUUGACUAGGCAUCACUGUUGACUGUGAUGGAACACAUGAUUGCUGGUUUUCUUCUUUGAUUAAAACUGUCCUUUUGUAGGUAGAAAAUGUUAAACGCACUGCCAGCUAUUUAAGAUCACCCAAUUAACUUGAAAGAUCAAUUAGUAAAUUUAGUUUAAAGAAAAGGGGACUUAUUAAUGUAACAAAAUGUAUACACUAAGAAAAAAAUUAAACUUUCCUUGAUAUGUCAGCAAUAUAUCAACAAGCAUCCACACUCCUAAUCUGACCCCCUCUUAGCCCAUUUUUUGGGUAUUUUUAAUCAUGAAUCAUGGCUGGAUUUUGGUUUAUACCUGGCAUGAGGUAUCACAGUUAUUCACUCUUAUCUCAUGUACUGUACAGUCCAGGUGUAGAGAUACUACAUCAUCAGGUACUGCCUCAUCAUGUCUGUCCACAUAUUUGUUUUUCCUCCAGCGGACACCCCGCGGUUUGUUUACAUGUAAAUGUGAUCUGUAAAUACCACUCUAUGUAUGAGUCUGUCUUAACUCCUGUCUGUGUGCAUUGCGUUAAUAAGUGCACUCCUCAAAAAUAAUCUCUUCCACCCUCUCUUUUUCUCUUGCACCUUCGAACAAACUUUUUCUGUCCCUUGACUACAACCCUUUUCCUUGAUUUCCUGCUGUUGUUUUCACAAGCUGCAUGAUGUAUUAAGUCAACUCAGCUUCUAACACAAGCUCUUCUUGUCACUAAAUUAUGCCAUUUUAAAUAAGAAAACAAAGAAUGAAAGACAAAAAAGUGAAUAGGGAAAGUAAGGCUGAGAAGGAAAUGAGAAAAAAACAGCAUCUGUUUUUUUACAUAUAUAACUAACCACUGAAAUGUUUUUUGUAUAGAUUUGAGUACUUUAAUUUGCACUAUAUAACUAAAUGGCAUGUUGAAGCCAUGUUUGUUAAUUUCCUCUCUUGGGCUAACUUGUGAUAAGGAAAUAAACUUUGUCGGUUCAGGUUGUUAUAUGAAUGCAAGACACUGAUAGAGCCUUUCAACUGUAAAAAUGGGACUUGGGAAAUUCAUCCUCUUGAUAGCAACAGCUCUGAUUGUUAAAUGCAUUUCUGUGCAUGGUUUGAAAAUUGUUUUUGAAAAAAACUAUUAAAUUCCUCUGAAUUUUUUGCACAGAAAGUCGGAUAAUGACUAUAUUUUGAUUUUCCAACUCUAAUAGGACUAAAAUACCAAUAAAGGUACUUAGAAAGUCUUCUACCAAGAGGAUGUUUGGUCCCAGCUCUGCCCGCUGCCUACAGAACGGUCCUUUGUGAAUGAUGUCCUGUGUUGUUCCGACUGCUUGGUUUUGUAUGUGAUGCCCACGGAGGCUGCAACCACUGUAGGUCUUUCUGAUAAUAGAGCACUUAAAACCUGCCUGUCUCACCUCUCACCACUUUCUCCUCAUCACAACUCUUUUGGCUCAGGGCCGCACUUUUUCUGGAGCAACUUUAACUUAAUUCAGUAAAUUCAGCAGCUUAAUAGACUUUAAACCGCAACAGUGAGACUCACAGAGCAUGUAACCUGUCAAUGUUUUGGCUGAUAACACAAAAUAGGCUUCUGUAAAACAAGCACCCUCUCCCUGGUGAUGUGUUUGUUCGUGGGCAUGCACCGUACACACUAGUGGCUUUGCUGUAUUUCCGUCUCCAGUCCCAUCUGAGCCAUGUCGAGCAUGUUAGGUGUGUCUGUGAGGAAGCUGAUGAUCACUGAGAAUGUCGCCGCAGCACUUCUUUGCAAAGGAUCUUUACCUCUGAACAAUGCUGUGCCUUUGUUGUAAGCUAGCCUUGCCAACGACUCAAACGUGAACUGAUUUCCUUUUUUUUAAUGUGUCAUUAGUGCAAACCUGAUUCAAGUGGAUUGAAUAUCAUUGCUGAUACUGUGUUGUAUGAGAUUUCAUCUUGUUCUGUAUAAUAUUUAUAUUUUUCAGAUCUCCAUUGUCAGUUUUGAUAUUUUAAUAUUAUAUUUCUUUUUGUCUUAUUUAAUUUUUUACACAAGCUGUGAAAAAAAUUCUGCACUUUAAUCCUGAACGUGAACAUUUAGACUGAGGAGGCGACUGUUUUUUUCCCUUUUGUCACAGCUAAAAAUAAAACUGUUGCUUCUAAAACACAGUAAAGAGUUCACUCUUUAAUGAUCACGUCUCUCUUCCAAUUUAUGUGAAGUAAUUAAA